UUCAACAGAGAUCUAUCUGCCUGAGUGCUGGGAUUAAAGAGGUGUGCCUGGCCUGAUAACUGACUUUUUAUUGGGGGAUUGGGAGUGAAUCCCUGAACAGGUAGCUUAGAGCUCUUCCUCCUCCAGGGCCAGGCCUCAAUGCCACUUCAGAUCCCAAUUAACUUAUAAGCACUUCCCGCUGUAUCAGGGGCUGCCACCAGGGUGAGGCACUGUAGAUGUCUGACACAGGCUUCCACCAGAGGCAGACAGGUAACGGGAGAAGUUGGCCUCCUUGAUACAAUGCAACUUUCCAUUUGCUGACAUGGUCCAUUGUUAGGCUGGGCUGUGCCUGACCGAAAAGGAGUUCUAUGCCCUUGCCCUCCAAGAGCCACAUUUGCACCCCAAGCCAAGUGAGCAGACUGCCAUGGAGGGGCAGGCAGGUGCUCAGUGCAAUAGCAAGAACAGGGUGUCCCUGAGAGAGGCCCCCCUUCUGCUGAGGAAGCAGCUUCCCUAGUCAAACAAUAGUGGCUGUUCCUGGCCUGAGACCAAGCUGGGCCAGACCAUAAGAGGAACAGGGAGGGAGAAACAGAUGCUCACUGGGAGCUUUCAGACACAGCCAGGCCUAGAACAUGUUGUCCUGGCACAGCUGGGGAUACUGAGGCUGAAAAAGUGAAUGGUCACCAGAGGGUCUGGACAGCUCACUCACUCUCUGCCUCCUGCCUCUCACCCCUAUGGCUUCCCACUCUCCGCACCUGCCAUGGGGAGAUGGACUCAGCCUUUGGAAAGCACUCCCCUCCUUCCCCGCAGUUCUCCAGAGGACAAGCCAGGAUGUGGUGGCUGCACAAUGUUCCAUGAGAAUCAUCUGGAGCUAGAAAAGCCAGGAACAGGGCUGAGCCCAGCUUCCGUCUGCACAGAGUCCAGAGCAUGAGGUCCUGCAUGGGCCUGCUAGGUCCUGAUCACACCGGAGGCCAACUUUAACCUACCUUGUUCAAAGCCUCCAAGCUGAGGCUUGAGUGCCUGGGCCAAAUAAGGGCCCCUUGGAGCAUGCUGUGUCCUGCCAUGGAACCAACCUGUGCUUGUUCAUUCCUGCUAAGCCUUGGGGUCUUCUUAAACCUUCAGAUGCUUGAUCCUACCUGGGGUGUCUGCCAGUGCUUGGGGCCUUCUUGGAUCUGAAGCAAAUCUAGAUGUGCUCAGACCAGUUGAGUUCAGCUAAUGGUGACAAGUUUUAAGGAGACUUCUGCAAGGCUCAAGUCUCUGCCCUGAAUACCCAGGGAGCCUCAAAUGCAAAUGCUUGUCCUCUCAAUGGCUGAGCCCUGGGCCUUCCCAGGUACGUCUAGGUUGUUUCCCUAGAAUAACCUCAAGCUUCAGAGCCCACAGUAUGUUCCUCAGAUUGGAUAGGGCUUUUUCUGUGCCUCCUCUUAGAGGGGUGCAUUUACUCUGGAAGUCAGGUUGAAAAAACGGACCCGCAGGCCAGGUUUCAGCUGGUCAAAACGAUGGCAAGGUAGGGGAUGAAAUAUGGCAGUCCUUGCUUAGUAAUCUUUAGUCCCUAUCAGCCUGGUCAGCUCUGCAAUCACUGCCUCCAGCAAGUAAAGGACGGACAGCUGUACCGCUUGCGAGUCUCCAGCCUCCACGCUCCAGAGGUUGGUGGACAGCAUUCCGGCCCCCGCCGAACUCCGGCAAGUCUUGAAGCCUCAAACCAUAAAGCCCACGUGCAGGCCUGGAGGGUAGACAGGACCCCGAGCUUCCUGCAUGUUCCCAAACCCAACACGGCCUGCGGCCAGCGGAAAGGGCGUAGCCGGGGCGUGGUCUGGACGCCACCCAGGGGUGGGAGCAAGCAGUGAGCCCCAGACUGGGGCUAGAGGAAUGGACAGCAGGCCAAGGCGGGGUUCGAGGGCAGCCCGCAGGGCCGGGAAGGCUGGGCUCGGGAGGAGGCGUGGCCACUUCGGAGCGGCUGUGGGCGUGGCCGCCGAAGAGUGGGUCGCUGGCUGGGCGGGCCCGCGGCGUAGCGGGGCGGUGUGGAGCCCCUCACCGCCGCUUCUUUAAGCCCGGCGCCGCCCCGCCUCCUGCCUGGGUCUAGCUGGCGGCGGGGCCGUGGCCACGCGAACUGCGAUGGAACUUCACAUCCUAGAGCACCGGGUGCGGGUCCUGAGCCUCGCCCGCUCGGGCCUCUGGCUCUACACCCACCCACUCAUCAAGCUGCUCUUCCUGCCCCAUCGCAGCCGGUGCAAGUUCUUCAGCCUGACGGAGACCCCGGAAGAUUACACGCUCAUGGUGGAUGAGGAGGGCUUUAAAGAGCUACCCCCAUCCGAGUUCCUGCAAGUUGCUGAGGCCACGUGGCUGGUGAUGAACGUAUCAUCUCACAGUGGUGCGGUGAUGCAGGCUGCUGGAGUUACCAAGAUUGCCCGGUCUGUCAUUGCCCCACUGGCUGAGCACCACGUGUCUGUGUUGAUGUUGUCCACGUACCAGACAGACUUCAUCCUGGUUCGGGAGCAGGACCUAUCUGUAGUGAUCCACACACUGGCCCAGGAGUUCCAAAUCUACCGUGAAGUAGGCGGGGAGCCUGUGCCUGUUGCCAAGGAAGAUUCCAGCAAUGGCUUUCCCCGAGCCCAGCACGGGCCCAGUCCCACCGUGCAUCCCAUUCAGAGCCCGCAGAACCGAUUUUGUGUCCUCACGCUGGACCCUGAGACAUUGCCAGCUAUUGCCACCACCCUCAUUGAUGUCCUCUUCUACUCACACAGUGUCCCCAAGGAGGCAGCCUCAGGUGGUCCUGAGUCAAGCUCCAUCCCAUUCUUCGCUUUCUCCCUCAUUGAGGGUUACAUCUCCAUUGUUAUGGAUGCAGAGACCCAGAAAAAGUUCCCCAGUGACCUCUUACUGACCAGUUCCUCUGGAGAGCUGUGGAGGAUGGUACGCAUUGGAGGACAGCCCCUGGGUUUCGAUGAAUGUGGGAUUGUGGCCCAGAUCGCGGGUCCCCUGGCGGCUGCUGACAUCUCUGCUUAUUACAUCAGCACCUUCAACUUUGACCAUGCCCUGGUUCCUGAAGAUGAGAUCAGCAGUGUCAUUGAUGUACUCCAGCGACGGCAAGAAGGCCUGACCUCCAAAGGUCCCUAGGGAACACCAGGCUGCCAGCAUUCCCUUACCACUGGGCUCUCAGAGACUUUUCUGAGCUCUUUCCUGAGGCUGCAGAGUGAGCCCCUGAUCCUGCCAAGGGACCCUGGUUCUGCUGUCUAUAUGUAAGGUGCAUGGAGCCGGCACCCGUGGACAUGUGUGCUCCCCUAGGCACGGUGGGCAGGUGCUGGCUCCGAAUGUCUUAUACCACAGAUGACACGUUGGUGCUUGGGGCUUAGACCCCGAACCCCUCACUUCCCCCAUGACCUCAGUAUUUGCACAGUCCCUGCGUGAGGCUCGAGCCAUCCCCUCCCACCUGGCUGGGUCCUGCUGCCCUGGGCUGGACUCUGGUCUCCAGCUUGGCUGGCCUUCCUGGCCAGGUGAAGUGCCGACAGUGCCUUCCCUUCCCGGGCUCCCGAGGAAAGGGUUUUUACAUCUCACUUAUUUUCAUGACUGUUAAAAUAAAUAAAAGACUUGCUGAGCCGGGCCCUCUGGUUCUGAGUGACA